AUGGCUUCGUUGUCGAGGUUAUCGUCCAGGGCGAUGGCCUCUUCAAAGUCAACGGUUGCCUCGCAGAGGCUCGCCUCUCUCAACCGCCAAUUCUCCUCCACGCCCUCAAUGGGCUUUGAGGUGAAGAAGCUUGGAGUUGUUGGCGCAGGCCAAAUGGGUCUUGGAAUCGCCCUCGUCGCCGCUCAAAAAGCCCAAGUCCCUGUAACACUCGUGGACACUUCCCAACAAUCUCUCGACCGAGGCCUAGCAUUCGCCGACAAACUCCUCGCAAAAGACGUCUCGAAGCAAAAGAUUACCGAAGAGAUCGCAAAAGCUACAAAGGAGAGAUUAAAGCCCACCACUCAGAUGUCGGAUCUAGCAGACGUGGACAUGGUCAUCGAAGCCGUUCCCGAGAUCCCCUCAUUGAAGGAAAAGAUCUUUGCAGAAUUGGCCGAGAUAUGCCCUAAACAUGCUAUUCUCGCUACAAACACAUCGAGUAUAAGUAUCACCAGGAUUGCGCGGGCAACGACCAAGCAUCCUACGGAUACCUCUGCUUCGUCGCGGGUUGUCUCGACACACUUCAUGAACCCAGUGCCCGUCCAGAAAGGCGUGGAGAUCAUUUCGGGCCUGCAAACCUCUCCAGAAACGCUCGCAGCCGCCGUUUCAUUUUGCGAAAAGAUGGGCAAGGUUUGCUCCGUCUCGGCGGAUAGUCCCGGCUUCCUCGCCAACAGAAUCCUGAUGCCCUAUAUUAACGAAGCCAUCAUUUGCUUGGAGACGGGCAUUGGCAAGAAAGAGGACAUCGACAAUAUUAUGAAGAAUGGUACAAAUGUGCCCAUGGGCCCGCUUACUCUUGCGGAUUUUAUUGGUCUAGAUACUUGUCUGGCAAUCAUGGAGACGCUACAUGCUGGUCUAGGGGAUAGCAAGUACAGACCCAGCGUGCUUUUAAGGCAGUAUGUGGAUGCUGGAUGGCUGGGCAAGAAGUCCGGCAGGGGUUUCUACGAGUAUAAGUGA